AUGACGAUGAAGAGGGCUUCUCAGGCUGCCGACUACCGACAACUUCUGAUCCAGUCGAUCCAUGUCAUGGCCAUCAAGUCCUCAGAAGUGGUUGCCAGCGUGGUACAUGCGCUCAUGGACUUCCUCGGAGACUCAAACAACCCCAGGAGGUUGUCAGGAAAUUCCCUCGUCUUCGACCAAUUUGAACCAAAUUUCUCGCGGUCCAGAUUGACGAGGACUCCAACGAACGCAUCAUGCAUGUCCUGCAUCCAAAUCCUGAGUGAACUCUUGUCAACGAAGAUGCUGGGUGCUCAAGAGGCCUAA